AUGUAUAUGACUAUAUCUAUGAUGAAUUACUUAUAUAUUUUAUUUAUUAUAAUUCUUGCUGAUGUCUCAUCGAAUAUAAUCUUACCGGAAUAUGAACAAUGUAAUGCACCAUUAGGUAUGGAAUCAGGUUUGAUAGCUGAUAGUGAUUUGACCUCGAGUUCAACUCACGAUGUGAGUAGCGUUGGCCCUCAAAUGUCAAGAAUUCGAAUUGAAUUAGAAGGAGGUGCAUGGUGUCCAAAUAAGCCAAUAGGACCAAAAUCAUAUGAAUAUGUUCAAAUUGAAUUACAUAAAUUAUAUUUUAUAAAUGCUAUCGAAACUCAAGGACGAUUUGAUAAUGGACAUGGAAAUGAAUAUGCUGAAUAUUAUCAAAUUGAAUAUCAACGAGAAAAUAAUUCAUCGCAUUGGAUAACUUUUUAUAACAAAAAAACAAAUAAAACUGUUCUCAAAGGAAAUGUCAAUACAUAUACAGCAGAAAAACGUUUCCUUUCAUCACCAAUUAUAGCAAAACGUAUUCGAAUUAUACCUUAUAGUCCACGUUGGCGAACUGUUUGUGGUGUUAUAUCAUAUACAACUCCACCAAGUAUAGAAAAAGAUAAUUUAUAUGAUGGUGGCGUUGGUAUAUUAACUGACGGAAUCAUUGGAGAUAAUGAAAAUACUCGACUGGCUUGGAAUAAAUCUCCUGUUUCAAUUAACUUUCAUUUUGAUACAGUUCGACAUUUUAAAACUAUUGAAAUUUAUUCAAUGACGAAUAAAUAUCGUUCAAUUCAAAUUAAAUUUGAUAAUAAUUUAUCAAUAAAACAUCAAAUAUCACCAAUAACAACAUCAUUAUCAACAAUAUUUGUUGAUACAAUUCAAUUAAAUAAAUCUAAAACAAUGAUCAUUGGAAAUCGAGUGGAAAUUUUAUUUGAAUUUGAUGAUGAACCUCUUUUGUUAACAGAAAUUACAUUUGAUAAUGAACCAACAAUGUUAGUCAAUACAACAUUAACAACUAUAACGACAACAAUUUGUCCUAUGGCGUGUUCAGCUUCGAAUAAUAAAAUAACAUUAAUAUCAUCGUCAUCAUCAUCAAUAAUUUCAUUGGAAUGGUUAACAAUAUUAAUAUUUUCAAUUCUUUCUCUUUGUUUUGUACUUUUAUUUAUUCUUUUAAUACUUCGUAUUCGUCAUUGUUAUUUACGUAAAAAAGCUAAUCUUUAUUAUAAAUGUUCUCAAUUAACAAAUAUAACAAAUGGUUCAUCAAUUGAAAAUGAUCAAAAUCAAAUAACUAGAAAAAAUAAUUACGAUGAUGUGGCAUCAAUGGGUUCAUAUAUAUAUCCAAUUACGUCAACAACAUCAUUAUUACAUACUAGUUCACCAUCAUCAUUAUUUAAAAGUGAACAAUAUGCUAUUAUUGAUGGAACUUCUUAUGCAAAUUGUUCGCCAACUAAUACAUUUCAUUAUGCAUCAUCAGAUAUUGGACAAAGUUCUUUGAAGUUAAUGAAUUUAUUCAAUUGUAUUGCUUUACAAGAAACUAUUCCUUCAAAAUAUAAUUAUUCAUUCCCACCUGGUGUUGAUCAAUCAAAAUUAUUUUCAUUAUGUAAAAUAUCUGAAUCAAAAUAUGGAGAAAUUUUCAUAGGAAAAUAUUCAAUGGAUAAUCAAUCAAAAUCUGUAUUAAUUAAACUAAUAAAAACAAAUAUGAUUGAUUCAUCAAAAAAAAGAUUUUUAUCAGAAAUAAAUAUUUUGUCUCGUUUAAAUCAUGUUAAUAUUGCAUGUAUAUGUGCAAUAGAAUUUGAUUUACUUUAUUUUAUUCAAGAACAUUCAGACUUAGGUACUUUACAAGAUUAUUUUCAUACAGCAAUAAAUGAAUUAACAUUUCAAAAAAUGAAUAUUUAUUUUUCUCAUCAAUUAUCAAAUGCUCUUGAAUAUUUAGCACAUUUAAAUAUAAUUCAUAAUGAUAUUGCAACAAGAAAUUGUAUCUUUUUUUCGGAUUAUACUAUUAAAUUAACGGAUUGUGCGAUGGCUUUAUCACAAUAUGAACAUGAAUAUUGGUUAUCUACAAAUGGAGAAAAAAUUCCAUUGAGAUGGAUCGCACCAGAAGCAUUAACAAAUAAUGCAACAUUAAAAUCUGAUGUUUAUUCAUUUGCUGUAACAUUAUGGGAAAUAUGGUCUCGAUGUUCAUAUUUACCACAUACAUCAUUAACAAAUGAAGAACUUUAUCAAUAUCUUAUCUUUCGACAAUCAUCUAAUCAAAUAGAAAAUUUAAAUGAAUAUAUAAUUCGUUUAUCUCAACCAUCAGAUUGUUCAAAAGAAAUUUAUGAUUUAUUAUGUGAAUGUUGGCAUAUUGACGGAACAAAACGUCCGAAUAUAUCAGAUAUUGCACUUUACUUUAGACGACAAAUUAAUAGUUUAUCAUAA